AUGGCCUCCUCAUCCAGCCUUUGUGCUCGGCCUCUCAACCGGGGUGCCGCCUGUCUGCCCUGCCGCAAACUGAAAGCGAAAUGUGACGGUAACAAGCCGGCCUGCAGCCGUUGUAUCACGAACAGCCGACCAGAUGAUUGCGAGUACGCUACCGGGGCCGAAGUGACACGCUCUCGUCUGCUCGAAGAAAAUAUUGCCCUGCUCGAAGCGCGCAUCCGCGAGCUCGAGAACCCCAAUGAGAGCACUCCCUCGGUUCAGCUCCACGAUCCUCGCGGACGCGGAUCCACUGCGUCCACGAGCGUGCCAGCCAUCCCGCUCUACCCGGUCGCGGGUGCACUCCCAGCAGCCACCGCUGAUCCCAGUCCACAGGAGGCGCAAAUGCUGGUUCAAACCUUCAUGACACACGCGUCUCAGCUGGGGUUCUUCCUCAACCCUACGCGGUUUAUGCGGCGACAAAAUAACGGCCCUGGUACUGAAGCCCUCGUUGCCUCCGUCUACCUUUGGGGCAGUAAACUUUCAUCAUCAUCAAUGCUGCGCGCCUGCGAAACCACAUUCAUGGAUCGUGCUACCCAGGCCGCCCUGGCUUGUCAAACAACGCCACCGGCCGCCCACACAGUCCUCCACAUGUUGCAGGCCGAGGUUCUCCUCGCCAACUACUUCUUCUCUAAUAACCGGGUCCUCGAAGGUCGAUACCAUGCCAUCGCUGCUGUUGCCCUAGCCACGGGCAGCAGGUUGCACCUGCUCGACCCGCGCAAUCUGGGUACUGACACCAUUGCCGCCGGGGAGCGUAUUCAAGCCUUCUGGAUCGUCGCUGCGAUGGACAAGUCAUGGGCCGCGAUGAUGAACACGCCAUCCUACAUCCAGUGCCACAACGGUCGCGCUAACAUACACGCGUAUGAGCAGGGGAUACUACUGCAGCCCAAUGCGAUGUACACCGUCAUCGACUACGUCCGCGGCCACGUCGACGACAGCGGCGAGGCGUUCUCGCCACACGCGACGCGCAUCAAGGCGUGUGCGAUCUACGACCACGCCGUCUACGUCACGUCCCAGUUCCGCCCGGACAUGCCCGACCGCGACGGGUUCAUGGUCCGCUAUCAGGCCGCGGACGCCCUCGUCCAGCGCGUGCACGGCGCGCUCGUCGCGCUCCGCCCCCGCACGCCGGACGACAGACGCGAGGUCCUCGUCUCCCGCACCUUCCUCUGCGCCGCCGCGAUCCAGCUCCACGCGCCAUUCGCGAGCGCCCAGCCGGCGGCGUGGCAGCGGAGCAUCUGCGCCGCGACGGCCGCCGCGCGUGCGCUCGAGAUCGUCGACCUCAACCAGACCCCGCACUUGGACCCGGUCGUCGCAAUCCUGUGGACACACAUCUGCCGCACGCUGGUGAGCGAGAUGCGUCGCGUGCGCCGGGGAGCGGCACCGAUUUUGGCGGCGGACGAGCGGCGCGUGGCGACGUCGCUCGAGAAGAUCAUGUCGUCCAUGACGCUCCUCUCGCUGACGAGCGCGCUGAUGGCAUCACAGCUUGCAGAGAUACAGCAGCUAGCGUCGACGAUGUGA